GCAACAGCAGCAACCACAACAACGGCGUCAGCAUUGGGACAAAAAACUCUGCUCAAUACCAGUCCAAAUCUUUUACCCAUUACCACUGCCACCGAUACGUUCAAUAAUUUGAAGAAUCUGGUUAAAAUCGAUAAGGGUACGACCAAUUCGACGGGCAACAAUUAUCGUGCGAAUAAAUCUGGCAACGAUUCGCUGUUGGCCACACGCAACGGUAGUCGGACAAGUGUUGGAGGAUCAGCAGGUGGUGGUGGUGUUGGUGCAUCAUCAGCAAUAAGCGGAGUAGGUGCUGGACAAGUUGGUGGCCCAAGCGGACACUUUUCCACUGGCUAUAAUAAAAAUUCCGUCAAAAUUCGUCAACACGAUUCGGAGCUAAGCCCAAGGCCUCGACGAUCAUAUCAAAACGAUUCGUCGUCGUCGUCGCGUUACUAUAACAAAAAUAGUGACAUUUUGGGUGCAAGCGGCAAUAAUAACAACAAUAACAACGGCGGUGGCGGUGGCGGCAGUCAGCAGCCAGGUUUAAACGCUGAUAGCUCCAGCAGCAACUAUAACGGCAGUGGUCUUGGAGUCCAUCGUGGUAGUCGCAACAACUAUCACACAAACUCCUCCGAUGGCGGCGGCAGCUAUAAUCGUAAUCUAAACACCAAUUCGGGCAGCAACUAUCGGAGCAGCAACAGCAGCUCACGCUACGAGACACUAAAUGGCAAUGGCAACACUGGCAGCCACAACAGCAACACCAGCAGCAGCAGCAGUGGACAGCAGCAGCAGCAACAACAACAACAGCAGCGUCACUACGGCAACAGCGGCAACGCGGGCAGCAACAACACCUCAUCAUCUGUUGGUGGCGGUAAUCCGAACAAGUCAAAUUACGCAUCGCAACGCAACGAUGGCAACAGCAGCCUGAGCGGCGGACGCUAUCGCGACGACUAUACCAGCAACAGCCGUGACAACUAUAGAGAAAGGGAGAGGGACAACAGAGAGCAGAGUUACGCAGAGGAUCGCUACGGUGGCAGUAGUCUAGAACGCAACGGACACGCUGCCAAUCGUUAUAGCAGUAAUCGAGGCAACAACGACGAGCGUUACGAGCGUGCUGGCCAAAGCAGCAUUAGGAGCGGCAACAGUGGAGCACAGCAUCAGCAGCAGCAACAACAUCAACAGCAACAACAGCAGCAGCAACAACAAUUGCCAGCCAAGUCGGCAACACCACCGCCUAGCGGUGCAGGAGCAACUGGAGGCGCUCAACAACAACAGCAGCAGCAGCAGCAACAACAGAUAACUGGCCGCUGGAUACCGCCAUCAUUGCGUCCACAGCAUGGCCUCACCCAGAGCGAAAAGAAUGAUGCUGUGUUUCGACGUGUGCGUGGCAUCCUCAACAAACUAACACCGGAGAAAUUCCAAGAGCUAAGCGAUGAACUACUCAAACUCGAUCUGAAUUCAAUUGCCAUUUUAAAUGGUGUCAUUCUGCUAAUUUUCGAUAAAGCCUUGGACGAGCCGAAAUACUCGUCUAUGUAUGCACAGCUGUGCAAGCGUCUGUCCGAGGAAGCGCCGUUUGAAAAGGAACCAAACAAUUCGUGCACCUUUCUGCGUCUGCUCAUCGCCGUCUGUCGCGAUAAGUUCAACAAUCGCCUGAAGCGCGACGAGGCGAACGAUAAUCGUCCACCGCCCGAGAAUGAGGCUGACGAGGAGGAGCGACGCCAUCUGGCCAAGCAGCGCAUGCUCGGCAAUGUCAAGUUCAUUGGUGAGCUCAAUAAGUUGGAUAUGCUAUCGAACAAUGUAUUGCAUGCGUGCAUUAUGGAGCUAUUGGAUAAGAAGAAGAAGCGUACGGCCGGUGCGCAGGAGAUGUGCGAGGACAUGGAAUGCCUGGCUCAAUUGCUCAAGACUUGCGGCAAGAAUUUGGAUUCAGAACAGGUCAAAGAGCUGAUGAACCAGUACUUUAAGACGUUGGAACGUCGUUCACAGUCAACUGAAUAUCCGCCAAGGAUACGCUUCAUGCUAAAGGAUGUCAUCGAACUGCGCCAAAAUCACUGGAUACCCCGUAAAGUUGGCGGCAGCGCCGAGGGACCCGUCCCCAUAAAGCAAAUACGCUCGGACGAUGACUCAAUAAUACGCACACCAUUCGCCAAUCGGAAUCGCGAUAUGCGCAACAAUGAUCGCGACGGCGACAGCUGGAUGAAUCGAUUCCAUCUCAACAUACAGCCAGGCGGCUACAAUGACAUGUUUAGCGGCCUGAGCGUUACGGGAGCAUCACCCAUCGUAUCACCCUUCGUGACCAGCAAUAAUCGGGAUCGGGAUCGUGACAAUCGUCAGUACAACAAUCGUGAUCGCAAUAAUCGUGACCAGGGUGGCAACAACGGUGGCAACAAUGGCGGCGGCGGUGGUGGCAACUACAAUAAUCGCUACAACAAUAAGCACAGCAGUCAAAACGGAGGCGCUGGUGGCCAGGGCGGCGGCAGCGGCGGCGGCAAUCGCGACGAUUCACGUGGCGGCAAUGGUGGCUCGCAUCGGAACAAUGAUCGGAACAACGAUCGCAAUAAUGAUCGCAACAACGAUGGCCAAUACGGUGGCAGCAAUCAGAUGCUCCUUGGCAAAGAGUUGGCGCCGCGUUUCAAGCGCAAUAUGAUCACAGCGAAUCAGGAUUCGGUUGAGAAUCUGCAGAUGCGUCCGGCAGCCAACUCGUUGCUGUUCCGCGCUGCCUCCCAAAAUCAGAAAUUCCCGGCCACAUUGCCGAUCUCAACGCCGCCCAGCGGCAAUUCCUCUCAGCAUCAGCAGCAGCAGUCCACAUCGCAGCUAUCCAAUUCGCAUUAUCCACUGCUCGGCACGCCCACAUCACAUCUAAUGAACACUCCAACGCGACCAUCGUCCACACCAUCGGCUGAAUAUGGCGCAGAGAAUCGCACGCUACACACGGCUCAGCAGCAGGCGGAGAAGAGCCUCAAGGCAACAUCUUCGUCGCCCAACUUUGGCACAGCUACAGCAGUCGCAGAAAAUAACGCGGAGAAGAAGACAGCAAACGGUGCCGCAGCGGGAGUUGGCGAGAACAAGGAGCAGCCAAGCGGUGGCAGCUCAAAGAAUGGUGCCGCCGAGCGCCCCACAACGCCAUCUGGCUCAACUACCGCAGCUGGUGGUUCUAGCAAGCAACAGAAGAAGGACAAGGGACCCAGCAAGGAGGAACUAAACAAGAAGGCAAUUGUCUACUUUAAGGAUAAAUUCUACUAUGACGAACAAAAAGAUGAUGAAACCACGACCACCAUCCCCCCAAUAAUAACUGAAGGAGCAACCCAAGAGGAAGCUGAAAACGAAACCGAAACCGAAACUACGACAACAACAACAUUGGAUGAGGAGACAACUAAAACCGAUCAAUUUACCGAGCUAGUUGAUGGUUUCAUUGAAUUAAAACUGCCGGAGAAAUCGCUUAAGGAUGUAUGCCUCAAUCUGCUGAUGGAGGUGCUGGAUCGUGUGAACGAUGUUUACCUGGAGCGUAUCGUUCGCUUCCUGCAGGCAUUGCGCAAGCAAUCCGUCAUUAAGCCGAAUGUGAUCGUUGAGAUCUUCAAGCAGUUGGUCAACAAAAUGAAUGAGCGUGAGGCGCUGAAUCCCAGGAUUACCGCCCUGGUCGCCUCGGUGCUGUGCAAAGCGGUCUGCGAACCGGCAUUGAUUAAGCUAACUGAUAUCGCCAACUUUACGGACAAUGGACAGCAUUAUCCAUUGUUUUUGCUGGUGCUGCAGCAACUGCAUAAAACGAUUGGCAAGGAUGCGCUCGAGGAGAAGUUCCGUGCCAGCAAAAUUGAUUUGAUGAACAGUCUACAAGAGGUGGAUCGCAACAAGGAGCGACUGGGUGAAAUACUUGAGGAUCGACAGCUAUCGUUCCUUUAUCCCCUGCUCAAGGUGCAGGCUGAGAUGUUGAAGCAGCUGCAGGGUGAUCCCAAUCCGAAUAGUUUCUAUAAAUGGAUCAAGGCCAAUGUGGACAACAAAUACUAUAAGGAUCCGGGCUUCAUACAGGCCCUCAUGACUGUUGUGGUCAAAUAUAUAACCAAGGAGACAACUCUGGCCAGCAACAUGGAUCCCAAGGAGCAUCCCGAGAAGUCUGUCACACAAAGAGAACAGGCCAUGCUGGAGACCUAUAGCCAAAUGCUGCAGACCUUCCUCGGCCAAAACGAAUUGCAACUGAUGGCACUCUAUGCCCUGCAGCUCCUCUGCUACAACGAGAACUUCCCCAAGGGCAUGCUGUGUCGCUGGUUCAAAUAUCUGUACGAUUCCGAGAUCAUCGAGGAGGAAGCAUUCGUUUUGUGGAAGGAGGAGAUUUCUGACAAAUAUCCCGGCAAGGGCUCGGCAUUGUUCCAAGUGAACGCCUGGUUGACUUGGCUACAGGAGGCCGAAUCUGAGGACGAUGAGGAUUAAAUGCUCCCAAAAUUACAUACUAUUAAUAACCACACACAAUAUAUGUAUAACAGUUCUAUAUAUUUAUUCGCAACCAGCUAAAGCAAAACAAACAAAAAUAUUUAACCUUUAAAAAACAAAAAAGCAAAAAAAAAAACAAAAACAAACAACAAAAAAAUACAUAAGCACAUUGAUACAUUAUAUAUAUAUAACAACAAGAUGGAAGUUGAAAUCGCUGUUGCAAAUGUUAGUCAAAUUAUAGUAGAAGAAAAGCUAAAAGUUAAUCCAAAUUAUUUGAUAUUCAUUCAAGUUCAAGCUAACUAACAAUUAAUCACCAAUAAAUAAAACAGCAAUAGACUCAAACUUAAUAAAUAAAUUGAUAUUUAACUCAACUAAAAAAUGAAAAACAAUUUAGCGAAAUCGUUCCAAGCGGGAUACGAAUUUCCGACGAAUCGCUAAAUGUAAUUAGCAAAAGCAUACAACACACAUUAAAUAGGAAUUAUAAAGAAAUUAGUGAAUUCAAUUUCGAAUCAUUUAACCGGAACUGAACUGAUCUUUUAAACGAAAUAUAAAUAUUCACAUUUUUAAUAAAUUCCAAAACAUUUUUUGUUUGCUACUUGCACAGCCCGCAAUAAUGUAUCGUAUUAAUUAAGUAGUUCAAAUCAACAAGAAAAAUAAGAAACCUGCUCCAUAAAAUAUAAUCAUGAAUGUUCAUUGCACAGCUCACAGAUCGGAGUAAGCGUCGAAAACGUAAUCUGAAUGUAUUUUAACUC